AUGGCAGGUACUGAUACCCGAUUAUACAAUUGCAGCGGUAUUAUCACGUUAUACCAAGAUUACCUGAGUAAUAGUGAGGAAGUCCCAGAAUAUAUAGUCUAUCCAAAACAUUCGGCCAUUAGUGGUGGCAUAUCUGGCUGCACUACUUUUGAUGAUAGUCCGCUAUCAAGUGUAUCUGAUAGCACAGAGCACUUUAACAAACAACGAAACGUAUAUGUUUAUGGUACACAAACAUAUACAAAAAGGGCUGCCGGUGUUUUUCUAAACCUAGUCACUGGUUUCAUUGAGUGGGCUAGCAGUCAUGUUGAAUCAUUCAAGCAUAUGGGCCCCGUCUGCGGUACUAAAGACCAGCUUGUACGACAUAACGGAUCUGGAUAUAUUCUCAGAAUAUCUAUUGAGAACAACAACAUCAGGGGCAGUGAUUGUGACCCUACUGCUCAGCAAGAAAAAAUAGCUGGUGCAAUAGAGGAAUGGAUUCAAGGACAUGGUCAUCUUUGCGGUACAUGGUGUAUGGACUUAAGUCAUAGCGGUGACUGGGAAGGUUACAUAUCACUAGGAACUGGGAAGAACAGUAUUGACGUAGAAAACUGCAGGAAUGUAUUUACUUGGGGUAGUGAAUGCACUCAAGUAAGUAAUAAUGGCUAUACUGAUAAAUAG